GGGAGAGAGAGAGAGAGAGAGAGAGAGACACCCGGAGAGACGGAGAGUCAGUCUGUGAAAUGGCGUUGCCGGCUGAACACGUAUGAUCGGACAUGGAGGCCGUCAGCGCAGCCAACUCCACGCUGGACGAGCUCCACCUCCUGACCUCGCCCGACGACGACCCCGGCGACCUUGGUUACCACGACUACGGCCCCAAUGCUGGCGCCGACCCCCCGGCGUUGCCCACGCUGCUGUUUGAGGGAGUCAACUUCCAGGAGGACCCGAUCAAACUGCUGAGUGUGCAGGUGGUGUUGAUCUUGGCCUACAGCACCAUCAUCGUGCUGGGGGUUCUGGGUAAUUCUCUGGUCAUCUACGUCAUCUACCGCUUCAAGACGCUCCGCACCGUCACCAACUUCUUCAUCGCCAACCUGGCUGUUGCCGACCUGCUGGUGAACACGCUGUGCCUCCCGUUCACGCUCGUCUACACGCUGCAGGGCGAGUGGAAGUUCGGCAGCACGCUCUGCUUCAUGCUGCCGUACGCACAGGGGCUCGCCGUGCACGUCUCCACGGUCACGCUCAACGUCAUCGCCCUGGACCGCCACAGGUGCAUCGUGUACCACCUGGAGACCCGGAUGCGUAAGGACGUGUGUUUCGGGGUGAUCGCGUUGACCUGGGUUCUGAGCGCCGUGCUCGCCAGCCCGCUGGCCAUCUUCAGAGAGUACGGCUCCUUCACACUGGAGCCUGGGAACACCAUACAGGUGUGCACGGAGAAGUGGCCCGGUAAAAACACGGACGGCACCGUCUACAGCAUCUCCAUGCUGAUCCUGCAGUACUUCCUGCCGCUGUCCAUCAUCUCCUUCGCCUACGCCCGCAUCUGGUCCAAACUGCGCGCCCACGUCAGCCCGGCGGAGAGCGGCGCCGCCGGCGUCAGCAGCAGCGCCAGCUCCGAGCGCCACCGCCGCCGCCGCAAGACCACCAAGAUGCUGGUGACCAUGGUGGUGGUGUUCGCCGUCAGCUGGCUGCCCUUCCACGCCUUCCAGCUGGCCACCGACAUCGACAGCACGGUGCUGGACAUGCGCGACUUCCGCCUGCUCUACACCGUCUUCCACGUGGUCGCCAUGUGCUCCACCUUCGCCAACCCGCUGCUGUACGGCUGGAUGAACCGCAACUACCGCGCCGCCUUCCUCGCCGUCUUCAAGUGUCGCAGGGGAGGGGAGAGGGGGAGGGGCGGCCGGCUGGACAGCAUUCACCCCGUGGGAGGAGGUGGGGGAGGAGGAGCUGGGAGGGCCAAGAAGAUCGUGCUCGAAACCCAGGACGUGGUGUCCACCCACCUGAACGCCACCGACGUGUGA